GGGAGUGACAGAGACAGGAACAUUGGAAAGAAUCUGAAAGCGAGAGUGUAAGAGUAAGAGUGUUUUGUGUGUGUGUGUGUGUGUGUGUGUGUGUGUGUCACAUCCUUCAAAUGGUGGACACACAGAUUCUGGUGUCUCAGUCUCUCUUCAAUGCAAAGCCUUCUCCAAUGGAAUGGAAGACGAUCAGGGAGUGUGUCGCACUCACGCUUUCGCACAAGCUCUGUUUCUCCUCCUGAGUCUGGUUUUGUCCGAUCUCUCUCAUCCCGAAGCCAAACCACUCGACUUUGUGUGUGUCAGCGAGGCGAGGAAGGUCAUGAACAAGGUCAAAAAUCUGCAGGAUGAUCUGGCCCAGUGCAGUGCUGCAGCCUUCCUUCCUGCUCCAGUCCGAACUCCAUCCAUCAGGAUAAACAUGAUCAUCUGGAAAAGCAAACCUAUCGCAGAGCGCAGAGCUGAGAUCCUGCAGUCUUUGCGGAUGUUGGCGCAGGAUAUUCACAACGCCAGAGUCAGAAGCCAAGCAGAGUGUGCGCUCAGACUACUGGAGCUCCUGGAGCACAACAUCUACAACUACAUACACACACUCACACAACUACACACCCAGAGUGGGUCGGACGUCCCGAAUAUUCUAGACCCUCCUGUUCAGAUCGUCUCGCAGGAUCUCGGUCGGGUUCUGCAAAACUAUGAUCGUCUGAUCUCCAGAAAACUAGAAUGGCUUGUUAGCGAAAUGGCAAAAGACUGUGAGAACAAAGCAGCUACUUGAUACCCACAAGUGAGGAUCCGGGGACAGGAGACCAGACGGUCAGAAGGCCAGACACUUGUCAGGAUGCCUUCUGAGACUGCGCAGAAACAGAGACAGAGCGCCAUCUGCUGGUGAAAGAUUCCUGCACUUCCUCCUGCACUUACUGAGUCCACAUCAAGACAUGAAGAUCUACAGAAGAUUCUGAACAAAACAGACAUUUUCUAAACUCUUUCACUUUCUUUCUCCUUCUUCUGGACUUUAAACAUAACGUCAAAAACAUUAUUUUUUUUACAGAGAUUCUAUUUUUUUUCCCCAUCGUCUCUUUCAUACACUCCUGUGAAUCAAUUUACACUUUGCCAUUUAUUUAUGUGUUUUUAUUUCUUUUCCUUCUGAAUCUGUUCCUGCUUUUACAAGUACAAUGUCAAAAAUAACAAUAGGUAAUUAAAUUUCAUUUACAGGAAAAGUUCAGUCAAAAAACGUCUCUCAAAGUGAGCAGAAAUCUGAGCUUGUCUUGACCUCAGUCGUUUCCUUCUGUGGUUUUGCACAGGCUAAUGGAGAGAAAUCUGGGCUUUUUAUUUGUCAGAUCCCAGCCAUGUUAUUAAGCUGGGGUCAGUGUGCAGGUCAGAGACAUGGUUAGGAGCCUUGCUGAGGGGCCCAACACAGGCAGCUUACUGAUUUUUGGGGUUUGAACCCAUAACCUUCUGAUCAGUAAACCAGGGCCUUACACACUGAGCUCCCACUUCCGCUAGUAAUGAAGCUAUAGACACUCAGAGCCACCAGUUUAGCACUUGCACAUUUAAUACACUGAAACUAUUUUAUUAAAUAUAUAAGUUUGUGUUC